UGCAUGUGUUAAAGAGUGUUUUCUGCCUCUAAGAACAGAAAGUCUUAAAGCUAAGUGAAUAUAUUGCGACAGUAUAUGUGGUCACAGUUACUGCGCUUCAACUGAAGUGUGGUCAGUUCCUGUUCGGGGCGGGUUCACAUACAGGCUAGUUCUGUCGUGUCAAAGCAGUCUGUUUUCAGAAAUGUCUAGUGUUAUUUUCUUAGAGCACUCAAAGAAAAUGGUUCAUGGUGUUGUUUUGACCCUCUUGUGUUUGUGGCAUCUAGUUGGUGUGUUUGGUGUUGAUGAACUGAAGUCAGUGUCAGUGAUGGAGGGAGAUUCAGUCACUCUAAACUCUGGUUUUACUGAAAUAGAUGAUGAUGAUCUGAUUCUGUGGAGGUUUGGAGCUGAAAACACUUUAAUAGUUCAAAUCAGUGUACUGGAGGACAGCAUGACUGUAUAUGAUGAUGUUCUUGAUGAGAGAUUCAGAGACAGACUGAAGCUGGAUCAUCAAACUGGAUCUCUGACCAUCACAAACAUCACAACUGAACAUGAUGGAGAUUAUAAACUGCAGACCAACAGUGUGAGAAAGAGUUUCAAUCUCACUGUCCAUGCUCGUCUCCCUGUUCCUGUCAUCAUCAGUAACUCUUCCAACUGUUCAUCAUCAUGUUCAUUGGUGUGUUCAGCUGUGAAUGUGGGUCAUGUGACUCUCUCCUGGUACAAAGGAAACAGUUUAUUGUCCAGCAUCAGUGUGUCUGAUCUCAGCAUCAGUCUCUCUCUACCUCUGGAGGUGGAAUAUCAGGAUAAAAACACCUACAGCUGUGUGCUGAACAAUCCCAUCAGCAACCAGACUCAACAUCUGGACAUCACUCACCUCUGUCACACAUGUGCAGUCUCAGUCUCUCUGACAGUGCUGAUCUCUGCUGCUGCUGCUGCUGGAUCUCUGUUGAUUGUCGCUGCAGUCGGGAUCUUCUGCAUCUGCAGGAAACACAGAAAAACUGAUCAAGAAGAUAAAGAGAUCACUUACGCUGAUCCGACGUUCUACAAAAGAAAAGUACAGAAAUCGAAUGUUAAAAAGGAGGAUGAAGUGGUGUAUGCAGGGGUCGUCACUAGAAGAUGAUCAGACUUGAGUGAGUGCAAGAUCCAGCUGUGUGAUUACUUUCACCAGAAGCCUACAGUUGAGAUUUGGGAUUGGUAGGAAUCACAACAUAGCAACAACUGGACCUAAUAUUAACACUCUCCAAGUGCAAAAUGAGAGUAUGCAAGUUUUCAGCUUGAUGUAUAAUGAGUAUAAUGACAAUAAAGGCUUCAAUCAAAAAAGCAAAUUAUUAAAUAUUAGUACUGUAAAUUGUUCAGUUAAAACAUCCUUGAGCUGAACUUUUUUUAGACGCAGUUUGAGGCUUCAUCAGCUCAGUUUCAGUGUCAAAAAUAUGAUCUGCUGUGGUCGGAAUAAUCUCCAUCUGUACAGAGAUGUGGUUUGAUCUGCUGGACAGCUUCUGCAUGAGCAUGUGUCUAUGGACAUCUGUGGUUAAUGUCAGUUUGUGCGUGUUUAUUUUGGUGUCAAGAUAACGUGUCAAGAUUAUCAAGUUAGCGUGUGGUUUUAGGGUGUUUUUUCCACUACUUUACAUAUGUUUGCUGUUUCACUUCUGCCCAGAACACAGAACAGCUUUACUACAAAAAAACCCCAUUAAUGUUGGAGUUUGUCAAAAAACAAAAAAACAAACAAAAAAUAUAUCACAUCAAACAGUGAUAUUACUGCAAAAUAUGAAAAUAUCAUAUACUAUGAAAGUUGAGACUGUUUCAUAUCAAAAGUAACCUGCUCAGUCUGGUCUGUUGGCAUGCUGUCAGUGUCCUCUUUGCUCCGCAAUGUUUUUUCACUGCAUGAGAAAGUUGAGGUGUUAUGUGAGAACAGUAACCUUAAAUACUAAAUGAUGUGAUCCUGCAGAUAAGCAGUGCUAAAGUUAAGUGUUAUUUCCAGCUCUAGCAUGAGAAGAUGAAGUCAUUUCUAAGAACAACAUUUCUUGAUAUCACACCUUCCACAGCCAUUUUAAGAAUAAAUACAAUGUGUGAAUCACUGUUUUAAUGUUUAUAUUUUUAUACAAAUGUUCAGAGGUAAGUUUUAGUUUCUCCAUUUUAGUUAAUUUAGUAAUUAACUAAAAGUUGCAAUGCUGCUGCUGCUACUACUACUACACGUCUCCUAUAAUGUAAAAUAUAUUUUUCAGUAAAAUAACAGUGCUGCAGCCUAAAGGAUAUUUACUAAUUUUUUUAUGUGCAUCAUUACACAUUUUUUCAAAGUAGUAGUUUUAAGUUCUUGAUCUGUUCUUUGACAUAAGUUUGGCUCAAAUAUGCUUGUUUUCAGAAAAAAAACCUAAAUUCAAUAAAAAACUGCCAUUUUCAAUAA